AUGUCGAUACAAAAGCUGCAGGCACAUAGUAAGGAUCCUCGCAAUGAUGAUAUUGUGCUGAAGUACGCAAUGCAAGGUCAGCUGUCAGUUAAAGCUGACGUUUACAGUUUUGGAGUGCUUCUGCUUGAGAUCUUGAGCGAAAGGAAAAAUAGUGAUGCAAAUAUUCCCAACGAAAUGGAAAGCCUGUCAGAAUGGGCAUGGAGAGUAUACAAAAGAGAAUAUGCUUCGAAUUUUGUGGAUCCAACGGUAGCAGAAACAUGUCCAGAGGAGAAAUCGUUGAGAUAUAUCCAGGUUGGGCUUUUUUGUGUACAAGCGGAUGCGACCCUUCGUCCAGCUAUGUCGAAUGUUAUUGUGAUGAUAUCCAGCAGUUCGGUCACACUACCAAAUCCCAAAAAACCUGCUUUCAUAAACCUGAGCAAAAGCUAUGUCCCAAAAGCAGGAGUGAAGUUAAGCUCAGGAUCAGGGGUAAGGGUGGAGGAUUAUGAAACGGGGGCAUCUGGGACGACGACGUCAUCUGCAUCAGGCGUUGCGUCAGUAAAUGAUGCCUCCAUCACUCAAGUGAACCCUAGGUAG